AUGACACAGGAAGCACCAAGUGUAAAACCUAACGACGAAUCCAUAGAGGAAGUUAAGAGCACCGUGGCUACCAUAAUAUUGUAUAUACUAGGCCCUAUAAUAACGAUUUGCGAUCAGUCAGUAACUUUCGUUCAAAAAAAUAUACUAUGUCCUCUUGUUGAUAAUAAUGAAAAGCAUAUUCUAUGCUGGAAUAAAGAAGUAGCAUUUCCAAUCUUAUUCUUCUUUGCUUCAACUGUUGUUAGUAUCAUUUAUACUAUUAGUACAAGAAUUAUUGAUAUUUUAAAAGAAGCUAAUGGUGGCAAGAAGAGCACUAAAAAAAAGAAAAAGAAAAAGAAAAGUAAAGAUGAAGAAGAAGACGAUGAUGAAUGUGAAUACUAUGAUGAUGAAGAAAAUGAUGAAAGACAGGUUAAAAGACAUAUGCUACAACGGCGAAAGCAGAAGAGACAAAGACAUAGGGGACAAGUUUAUGAACAAUUAAUGUAUCCAUCUCCAAUGCAGUAUGCUCAAAUAUAUCCAACUCCAGUGCAAUAUCCGCAAGUGUACGAAAACACAAUGAUAUAUCCACAAAUGCAGCAACAACCAUUUGGGCUAACCCCGAUGCAAGUGGUACCAUAUCAACAACCUCAAAUGGGAGUUCUACAAUAUCAGCAACCUCAAAUGCAAAUUCUACAAUAUGAACAACCUGAAAUAAAUGGAAUUGAAGCACAUACGGAAGAAAGUUAUAAGCAAAUAAAUAUCGCAACCAAACCUGAGCAUACACAAUUGAACGAUGGUAUAUAUCAUUUAGGUUACAAUCCCAUGUAG